AUGGUGAGUCAUAUGUGGAUCUUUGGGACUGUCCUGGGCAAGCUGGCCUCAGGCCUACAAGAGGCCACCUUCUACAGCGGAGUCCUCCUGCUGGCCUGCAUCAGCGUCGAUCGCUACCUGGCAAUCGUAAAGGCCGCCCAACCUGUUUUUAAAACGCGCCACCUGGUGGUCGUGGUGUGCGGAGGGGUGUGGCUGGCGGCUGUUGGGCUCCUCUCCCUGCCCGUCCUGGUGCAGCGGGAGACGUUUCAGCCGGGGAACCAGGAGAGGUUGGUGUACCACGAGAACCUGUCGGCAGAAAACGCGGCCGAACGGCGUUUGGGCCUACGCGUGCUUCGCCACGCCGCCGGAUUCUUCCUCCCGUUGGCCGUCCUGUCCUUCUGUUACAGCUUCACUGUCGCCAUGGUCCUCCGAGGCUGCGCUGCCCAGAAACACAAAGCCAUGCGCGUUAUCCUGUGGGUGCUGCUGGCUUUCGUUGGGCGCUGGCUCCCAAACAACAUGGCCACCCUCACGGACUCACUGAUGCGGGCCGGGUGGGUGACGGAGACGAGUACCUUCCGGAACCGGGUGGACUUGGCUCUGGAGGUGACCCAGGUCCUGGCCUUCCUGCACUGUGCCAUUAACCCCAUCCUGUAUGCUUUCAUUGGCCAUAGGCUCCGCAACCAGUGCCUCACCGUCCUCUUCAAGCACGGCCUUAUCAGCAAGAAGGUCCUGUCUAACUAUAGGCACAGCUCCACCCGCAGCUCCUCCUCCUAUAAGACAUCUAUCACAAUGUAG